CUGUCCAUCGAAGCUGGCAACCUCAUCGCAGUACCCGAAAGCGUCCCUGUCGUUACUCCUGAAGAGGGUAUAUAUCCUCUCUUGUCCACUUGCGCCCUUAGAAAGAGCUCGGAUUUACCAUAGCCAAGCACGUGGUAGAGCCUCUAUCGCGGCCCGCGUCAAGCUAAUCAGCCCGCCAAGCUUACAAGCGUAGGAAGGCUACUGCGACGUUCUGGCGGGGCAAAGGGUUGCGUAACGGACGAAUGCGCUUCGGCGCUUACACUAUAUUAGCACCAGAUGAGAUCUUCAGCAACUCACCAUCCCAGGUUGUCAUAGCCGGGAACAAUUAUAAGGUACGGGUUUGACUGCCUAUCAGGUAGGUUUGGUGAAUCUUAGACAUCCUGGUGCGCUACUGUCCGCCUGUGCAAUGCCGCGGUCCAGUUUCUCAGAUAACCCGCUGUUGCGGGUGUCCCGCCCAGUGUCGGCGUGUUCCAGGUGUCGGUCUGCCAAAGUCAGGUGCGAUGGCAAAUUACCGGCAUGCACGGCUUGUGAGAAGGCUGGCCGUGAGAAUGAGUGCUCGGCCGCCAACGACCAAUUUGCCAGGGGCAAGGAACGAAGUUAUGUGGCCGCUCUUGAGCUUCGGAUAGAGAAAAUGGAAAGGCGCUUGGCUUUUGCGCGAUCCAGAAAGGCAUCGCUCUCCCAGCAUGCGUCCCUGCCUCCCAUUCCCCCAACUGACCGGAAGGACUCUCUCGCUAAUAUCCAAGCUGCCAUGUAUCGCAAAGCUGCAAGGAGUCGCGAGAACUCGGAUGUUAACUCGCUCAUUUCCGAUUUCGGUUUUCUCUCUGUCAAUGCCACGACGAGGGACUUCGAACCAUCGACCAGCAAUAUGACAUUUGCUCGACUCGUUCUGGCUGCUGCUACAAAUGAUCCGCUCCCUAGAGACGACAAUUGGCAGUUGCCGCCCAAACAAGCCGCCGUUGCUUUGGUUCAAUACUAUAUCACUAAUAUAUAUUGUCUUUACCCUUCAUUCCCCGAAACCAACCUCUACGAUGUUCUGGAACAGGUAUAUUCAGCUCAAACCCGCGUCAUUAAAGACAGUGACUAUUGGCUCCUGUAUAUGGUUCUUGCCAUCAGUUCCGGUGCACAAAGCCAAAUCAAGAAUGACCAGUAUUACGUUGACGGGGUUUACUUUGCCUCGCGGGCCCUCAGGCACGCUGAUCAGGCUCUCAUGCCUGGCUAUACGACACAAAUACAAUCGCUCAUCCUACUAACGCAGUACUCAACACUAGACCCAGCUCACUUUGACAGUUGGCAUCUAAUCGGGUUCACCUGUCGAGCAGUCAUAGAUCUGGGAUUCCACCAAGACCCUCCACCGGAGCAGCUGUCUGACAAGUCAUUGCUCGACAUGCGGAGGAAGACAUUCUAUUGCGUAUAUUCGCUGGAUCGGUCAAUCAGCAUGGUCCUCACCCGCGCAUUCUCCUUCACGGAUGCAGCAGUGAAUGUAGGCUUCCCGAGGCCCUUAUCAUUCAGCCGCAGGGCUUCCAUCACUGGGCAAUACCUCUCUAGCUGCGAACCGGCGUUGUUGUUAUUUCAAUUGCGACGGGCACAAUCGCACUGGUACCAGUUACUAACGCAAUCCGACUCAACUCCUUUACCUGACCCAGAUUUCAUAUGGCAGAUUGUUCGUCAGAUGCAGGAAUGGGCGGAAAGACUUCCUAACACGCUGCCAAUAGGCGUUAGAGAGCUCUUCGAUCUCGAGUUGCGCUACAGCUUUGUCUACUGCAUGUCACCAUCGGCUAAAUUACCCGCCCUUACUGACUACGCCCGAUUGUUCAUAUUCGAGCAUGCCAUUGCAUACUUGGACCACAUUUAUGACAUCUCACAUAGCGGGCGCAACAUGGGUCUCUACUCAUAUCACGAUGCGUUGCGCGCCUUUUUCAUGGCAAGCCAAUUCGUUGCAGUGUUACGCGACGCAGAGGAGCUACUCCUCUCCGGCAUAAUGCCGCAGCCACCACCGUAUUCUACAACAAUGCCUCCGCCACUUCCACGCCGGAUGGGGGGCCCAGGCUUCGACAACCUCGAGAGGAGUUUAGGGUGCUUGGAGCGCACCACGAGCACACUUGCCAAGUACGGUGAGCGAUGGGAUGAUUCGGUAUCGCUAAGGAGAACUUUCGAUAUAAUAUCCCAAGAUGUUGUUGACCGAUUACGCAUGAGACGGCAAAUCAAACAGCAGCCAUCACCGCCUCGAAAUAUGCAGCCGCCGAUGGGCAGAGACAUGCGAUGGGUUGACGUGAAUGUCGAGGCUAUGAUGAGGGGGAAUGUUGGUAGUGGCCCGAGGACGUAACAACGUUUGCGGGCUGGAGCAGACAUAUAUACACACGGCUAGGGAACUGACUCAGGUCGGAUAUUCG